AUGGCCGACACGGUACUCGAAGGCACCGCCCGCAAGCGCGGCCAGUACCGCGGCGCCUGGCGCGCGCGCUAUUUUGUGUUGAAUGCGGCCCAGUCGCGCUUAGAUUAUUGGGAGAGCCGCGAGGACAAGGAGGCCAAUCAAAAACCGAGGGGCGCCAUCAGAGUACGCGGCGCAUCACCUCUAGAUGACAAGGACGAGCCUUUUGGAUUAGUAGUGAGAGCCGCGAACGCCUACGACGAGUGGUUAGCGUUAGAUUCGCUCCAUGAACGCGAUAGGUGGGUCACAGCCCUCCAAAAGGCAUCACUCCCAUCGGAAAGCUUCGAGCCGGACGACGACGUUUGGGAGGACGCGACUCACAAUACGGAUGCGGGUGAUAUCCGGAACGCUACGGUGUAUGACUGUUCCGUGUCGAGACACCAUCUGCAGCUGGAGUUCGCCUACCACAUCCUCGUCCAAGGUGAACGGGGCGAGCCGUGGUCCGUCCGACGUAGUCACAAUGCAUUACGAAGUCUGCUGCGUACGCAGUGCGAUCUCUCGCAGUUAGAUGAGGAGUGCGCCAAGGACCGCGCGCUAGAUCCGCGGCGGUUCCUGGCCUCUCGGUUGCGUAGGCGCGUUGCCCUCGUCAAUUCAUUACUCUCGCGAGUUAUGACAUCGCCCGACUUUCGCGCCUUCGUGACCGAGGACGACGAGGACGUUCCUCCGGAGGAACCGCCUCCACCACAACAGCGCGACGUCGCCUGGCUCGUGCCGCUGCUGCCGGACCCUAGAAUCGCAGCUUUAUGUGGCGCCGUGCUGUGCGGCGUCGUCAGCCGCGCGUACGGCGUCCCGAAUGGGUUGGUCGUGGCCAUCUUCGCGGCGGGCGCGGCGACGGGCUUGGCCUGUGCUGGUGUUGUACCAGUACAACGCGUGGAGAAGGCUACUGAAGACGGCGGCACGUGCACGCUACCUAGAUGGCCUAGGGUGGGCGGGCACUGCUGGUCCGAGCCCCGAGCCGCUCUGUUUAGGGUGCGCGGGCCGACCUACUUGACGGAUCGGAUCAAGGAGCCGUCGGACAGCGCCUUGUGUCGGUUGAUCGGCGUUGACCUCUUCAGUACGGACACGCCGGAGUCAAAUUUGUGUCGGCGGAAGGAGUCCUUCGCGCAGCGCGUGGGGAGCGACGCGCCUCCACUCAUCAUCGCCCUGAACUUUUGUUUGCCGUGGGGCAACUUCGCGCUGUACUGGGCGGCGCCGGAGGAAGAGCAUGACGUCUUACAACAGUUUCUUGAUUCAGAUGAUGACGCGUAUCGGGACGCGCGGCUCAAGCUCAUCCCGCGCGUCGUCGAGGGCAACUGGUUGGUAAGACGCGCCGUCGGGCCGGGCUCCAAAGCCGCGAAACUGGCGGAGACCAUCGAACUCAAGUACUCCAAAGGCAAUGGAUAUGUCGAGGUCUCGGCCGAUUUGUGCGGCUCGGCGACGGCGCGGCGCAUCCUGUCGGUGGUGCGGUCGGGAACGUCGGGGCUCGUGCUCGAUCUAGCGCUCGUCGUCGAGGGCACGACGGAGGCGGAGCUGCCGGAGCGCGUGCUCGGGGCGGCGCGGCUGCACCGCGUGGACCCGGACUUGGCGGAGCCGUUGCCUGUGUGUUAAGUAUGCAAUUUUACUCACUAGUAGUCGCCCGUGUGGAAGCAGAAACGCACGACGUGCGACGCGAUUUCGUGCGGGAGGCGCGGCCGCGGGAAUAUUUUCUCGAACACGGGCACGAGAUCCCUGGUGUGCGCCUUUUCAUACGCAGCCCAGGAGCCGGCCGCCGCGAUUUUUGCGACGUAUCGGCGCGCCGCUUGCGCUUGCGGGUAAAUAGAAUUCAUCCAGGCAGAAUGUGAAGCCCGCGGGACCGCUUAUAAUCUUAUGACUUCACUCCGCAAGUUAGGGCGUUAUGCCGAGAUAAUCCGUAUCUUGCGUCCAUUGGUUCCGAAUGUUGCAGACGCGCUCGGAAUCGAGCACGAACUCACGCUUCGGCUCCGUUGGGUCCUUGGCGAGUGCCUGGCCAUGGGCCGCGACCAUCGAGAGGGGUGGGAUAUGCUCGAGGAUACGUGGCGGCGGGCUAAGAGAGUCUUCGGACCUUCUCAUGAAAUCACUCGCGGUGUGGGAAGGUCGCUAUAUGAUGCGCUCCCGGUCCCGCGCUUCAAAAUUGGGGCACGUGUCGAAUGCCGCAUGGAUGGUGAGAAAUAUUACAAAGGAACUGUGCUGUGCCAUCAUUAUUGCGAGGAGAGCUGGGAGCACGGCGUCUUCGCGCCGUACCAGGUCGAGCUCGACGAUGGAUCUCUGAUCUACGUUAUUAAGGAUGAUGGUCGCAUCCGGGCGACCGCCUCGGACACGAGCGACGAGCCGGUCGCCGCGCCCAACACUCCGGACGGCGACGCGUAG